GUUUAUACAGUAUAGCAGCUUGCUGGAGAGACACUCACUGUGUGAAAUGAUGGCUGAGCUGAAAGAAGCCAGGUCCAAAUCAAAAAUGAUCCCUUUCUAUAUGGAGAGAGAAGUUGAGUUAGGCAAAAGACAUGAAGCCAUAAUGGUUGAAAAACAUCAACUUUUAGAGGAAAUUAUGCUCUAUCAAAAACAGGAAGCAGAUGAAAGAAAAGCAUACCGCCUAGAAACUAAAGAAGCACAUAUUAGAAACCAGUCUAUCUUACAAGAUUUGCAAAUAGCUGAAGACAGGUUUAAGCAAAUGGAGAGAUCAAGUCCCCAUCCAACAGUUAUUCAUUUGGAGGAGCACUACUGGGAGUUCGUGGAGGAGGAACUUCCCAAGUGGGAACAAUUUCUUUUAGGAAAAACGUCAUCUCCUUUUGGCAUGAAGAAAAAGCAGCAAUCAAGACAAAAAUGUAUAAAUUCACAAACUAUGCAUUUACCAAAGGAAGUAAAAGUGUCCACAUUGGGCUCCAAAUUAAAAACAUUUCCAAUGUAACAGCCAAG